CGCAACAGUUCUUGUUGCCGCAGACUUAACUCGCGCCAUUCUGUCACCAUACUCUGGAACCAGCUCUAGUUUGUCUUUCUACCUAUGUUAUACAUGUAGAGCUUGCGCAAAUGCUCAGCAUUUAAGUUACGCCCUUGGACUGUGGCCCGUGGCGGGAACGUAAUCCAGCCCGUUUGAUUCAGCUGGCCAGCUUUAAUGAGCGACAGCGAGGAGUCAGUUAGCGAGUCAGAGGAGGAGGAGUACUCAAGCGAGGACUCCUCUGGCAGUGGCGACGACAGUAGCGGCUCCGCAUCUGGGGGCUCGGAGGGUGGAGAGGAUGAGGAGGACAACGAGGAUGAGGACGAGGACGAGGAUGGCAGUGACAGCCUGCGGGAGCGCCGCGACAGCCACGGCCGCGCGUCCGUGUCCACGAAGCAGCUUCGCAACAUGGAGACGAAUCGGGCAGUGAUGCAGGACCGUGAAGUGCGGGACCCGGGGCUGCCUGGCAAGCUGGCGCGCAAGCCCAUGGUGGAGCUGACGGCGGGAAGCAACGUGUGGUACCAGGGACAGGUCAUAAAGGAGAGCGCCAACGAGGUCAAGAUUGCUUACGGCAUACCUUGCGGCAAGGGCCGUACCAAGAGCCGUCAGGAGUGGUUCCACAAGGCGUCAUCGCGCAUCUGGCGCGGCUCGCUCAAGAGCCACGACUGGCGCCACCUGGGUCGCGGCGCCUGGGAGCCACGGAAGGCCCCCGCAGGCAAGGGCAGCAAGAGCAAGCGCGGCGGCGGCAGCAGCGCGGGCGGCGGCGGGGCCGGCGGCGGGGGCGCGGCGGGAGGCAGCAGCCGCUCGCGAACGCAGAAGCAGACGCAACAGCGCACGCGAAAGGACAGCUCGGACUCGCAUUCGCAGGAGGACGACGACGACGGCGAUACGUCGCCCGCCUCGUCAUCGGAGGAGGAGGAGGAGGAAGAGGAGGACGAGCGGCCGACGAAGGCGCGGCCGCAGCAGCCCCAGCAGCAUGCGCAGCCGCAAAAGCUCAAGCAGGAGCAGCAGCAGCAGCAACAGCAACAGCAGCAGGGCUCACACGGCAAGGCGCCCGUGCGACCAAACGGCGACGCAGCCAAGAAGCAGCAGACCAGCCGAGACGCGGGCGGCGGCGCCGGGCCAGCGGGGGCCACGGGCAGUGGCACGCUCAAGGCGAAGAAGCUCGCCGCGGCUGUACCCGCGGCAACGGGCAGGCGCGGCGAAGACGCGGGCCUCGGCCGGGGAGACAGCGGCGCGGCUGGUGGCGAGCGGGAGCGGUCGAAGCCGCGUACCGAUGGGCCGCUGCAGCCCAGCCGGCCGCCGGCGUCGGCGCAGCUCAAGCAGGAGCCCAAGCAGGUACAGGCGCAGCCAAAGGUGAAGCAGGAGCCCAAGCAGGAGGCGAAGCGGGAGGCAAAGCAAGAGGCGAAGCCGAAGCAGGAGCCGAAGCAAGAGCCGAAGCAGGAGCCGAAGCAGGAGCAGCAGCCGUACGGGGAUGUGGAGGAUGAGGCGAUGUCGCCACGUCCGACGGGCAGUAAGGGCGCUGCAGCGGCGGUGGCGGCGAAGGACGCGGGCGGUGCGCGGUCCGCAGGCGCGGCGGGCAAGUCAGGCCGGCCGGACGCGUCUGGCGGCGGCAAGGCUGGUCGCGCUUCCGGCGGUGGAGCGGGCGGAGCUGGGGGCGAAGGCGGAGGCGAAGGCGCCAAGGGCGGCAGCCGGGGGCACAAGGACGCGGCCCCUGACGCAGCCGAUGCGGAAGAGCAGGCCAGCGAGCACUCCCCGGACGCCGUGGCUGAGUCGCCGGGCGGCCUGUUGUGCGACCAGUUCUCCACGCGGUGCAGCCCCAGCCCCAGCGCCAGCCACGACCACCACCACCACCGCCCAGCCAACUCGCACCUGCAGGGCGCGCACCCGGGCGAGGGGCGCCUGGGCAGCGGCGGUAGUGGCGGCUUUGGCGGCGGCGCGGGCAGCGGCGGCGCGGCUGGCGGCGGCGCUGGGCCGCCGCCCGACCCCACGUAUGACCCGCUGGCGCGCUGGUUCCUCACGCACUACAGCCAGCUGCAGGCAGCCGGGACGCUGGGGUUGCUACCAGGCGGCCUACACGAAUGCGGGCGCCUGCCGGCCGGCUUUGUUGUGGACCCAGCAACCGCGCUGAUUGUGCCCGCCGGCGCGGCGGCGCAGCAGGUGCCUGCAGGCGCCGCCGCUACCGGCGCCGCCGCCCAACCAGGCGGCGCUACUGCCACGGCUGGCCACGGUGUGGCAGUAGCAGCUGCCAGCCAGCCGCUGGCGCAGCAGACACAGCAGACACAGCAGGGCGGCGGCGCAGGUGGUGGCGGCACUGGUGCUGGGGCAGGCGGCGCCUCUGGCGGGGGCUCGGGGACACACGCGCCGGUGGGCCGGUCCGCGGCUGCCUCGCCGGCGCCCUGCGGGCCAACGGCGUCUUCGGCGCCCGCGGAGCCGCACUCUGCACAGGUGCUGCCGCCGCUGCCGCACCGCCGGUCGAAUGAUGGCGUGGUGGGCGACGGCGGCGUACCAGCAGCUGCGGGCGCGGCGGGGCCCGGGCCGUCGGGCCGAGCAGGAGCAACGUCUGCGACGGCAGGGCUGGGUGCGGGCGGCGCACUGCUGGCGCCCUCGCGGCACCUGCACAAGCAGACAAGCGGAGGAAGCAGCAACGGCCGGGAGCGAGAGCGGGACCGAGAGCGGGAGCGGGACGGAACGUCAGUUUCGCCGACCGGGGCAGCGGCAGCGGCCGCAGCCGCGGCGGCGGGACCCAUCACCGGCCACAAGCGGUCAGUAGGCGCCGAUGAGGCUGGUGGCAACGGAGGUGGCGGGUCUGGGGCCCUUCCACUAAAGAAGCUCAAGCGCACAGUCAUCAUCUCGGAGAGCGAGGACGAGGAUGGGGAAGGGCUGGCCCCGCCGCCACUGGCUGAGCUGCCUCCCCAGCAGCCUCCCCCACCGCCGCCGCCCUUGUCGCGGCCGCCAGCCCCUCCGCCGCCGCCAUCUGGUCCGCUGAUGGGCCGCGCCAGCGGCGGCGGUACUGCCAGCGGUCCUGCCACCGUCAAGCCCGAGCAGCCUAGCGCGAGGACAGCCGAGCCUGCCGCAGCCAGGUCGGAGCCGAACGACAAGCUGCCACGGGAGCGAGACCGCGAGCGGGACCGGGAUCGUGAUCGGGAUCGGGAUCGAGACCGGGAUCGAGACCGGGACCGAGACCGGGAUCGGGAUCGGGAUCGGGAUCGGGACCGGGACCGAGAGCGUGAGCGAGACCGUGAGCGGGACCGUGAGAGGGACCGUGAACGGGACAGGGAGCGGGACAGGGAGCGGGAUAGGGAGCGAGAGAGGGAGAGGGAGCGUGAGCGGGCUCCGCCACCCCCACCGCCGCCACCACCACCGCGGUUAGACAGGACGUCUUCGGCGCCUGACGCGCUCACCAACGGGGGUGGUGGCGGCAGCGGCUCCACAGCUGCGGUGAGUGGGGCCGGCGGGGGAGCGGCUGGAGUUGGAGGCGGAGGCUCCAGCAGGCCGGGCACUGCUGCGGGUGCCGGCCCCAGCGGGACCAAUGGAGCACAGCCGGGCUCUUCGGCCAGAGCAGCGGUGGAAGGCAACGGAGGAAGCCAAGGGCCGGGGAUUGCGGCCGCAGGGGCUGCAGCUGGGGCAGGGGCGGGCAGCAAGGUGGCACUUAGCGGUGGUGGCGGGGGUGGUGGCAAUGGAGGCGCAGGUGGGGCACCAGCAGGCCGGAGCAGUGGUGGUGCCGCGCCGGGGGGUGGCGGGACAGCUUCGGGUGGCACGAAGGAGGGAGGGAGGAGGGAGGCAGGGGCGGGCGCGCGUCCUCGUGCGGUCACUACCAUGGACCACGACUUGAUGUGAACUGAGGCAAGUACUGUAGGGGCGCAAGUAGGAGCCUGGGCGUGAGGAUGGUGCAUGCAUCUAGAGAGCUGUUUUUAUGGACGGGCCGUUCUUGGAACCCCUAACACCUACCCGUCCGCGGCUGAGCGGGGUGUAUGAUGUUACAGCGAUGAGUGCGACUGAUUGCGUGUUGAAAGGCCAGCCAGAGAGCCUUUGGUGGCAUACCUGAGCCCUGAGGCAUAUACUGUGAUGCUCCAUCAAGUGUUGGCACUAGUCAUGGCAGUAUGGCACCCACCCCAAGCAGUAAAAUGUGCAGGAAAGCCAGCAGGGAUCUUAGACCGCUCACCAGA